AAUUAAAGUGACAAACUUCAGGGAAUUUAAGUGUAAUUUUCCCUAUCAAAUUCAAAUAUUAAUCAAACAAGUUGUUCAUGGUUUUUUUUUUAGUGAUUGGCAAUACCUGUGAGGAUACAAAUGGAGUCUCUUGGGAAACCGAAAUUUCCAACCCGCAGAUCUCUGAUGCACCUCACAUGGCGAAUAGUUUCUUUAAGCUCGGAAUUCUGUUUCUUGUACAAAGAACUGCUCGCCUCCCCCUCCCUCGUGGCUGUGAGAAAUUCAGACAAAGAUACGGCUUUAGAUCAGGAUCAGGACCAGACGGCGGCUGUGAGAUAUUCAGAGAAGGAUACGGCUUAAGACCCGCCCGCCGGCUGCAGCGGUUGAGAUAUUCAGAGAGGGAUAUGGCUUAAGACCAGCAGGAUUCUCUAUUCCAAGCAAUCUUCAAUCGCAUAAAAUAGUUUCAAGAACCAGAUGCCAGUUAUAUCUACCACGAGUAAUGACCUACUUCUGUUUCUCCGUCAUAAUUUGGGCACCGUGGAUUCGGGGAGAUCAUAGUGGUGGGAGCCUCACGUAGCAGGCCACCCCAUCCUUUUCCAUGGAAUCUGCUACCUGAUAACUUUUUUGACCUACAUGCCUUUAUUCUACCACCUUAACUGCGAAAAACCUGACGCCUCAUCACCGUUACACCCGAUAGUUACUCACCAACUAAAGAAGUGAUUACGUCCAUGAAAACAUAACCAGAACAAAGAAAAAGCAAAACAAUAAAAACAUAACUACAUGUAACUUCCAAAAAAAAAAACAAAACUCAAAAAGAGUAAAAAUUACAAAAAUAUUUAAAAACCUAUUACCACCAGCGGUACCUUAAUAACAAUUUCAUACUGGAAGGGGAAAAAAAAUUCUAAAAUUUUUGGCACACAAAAGGAAGAGCUUGAACAAAAAUUUAAUAUAGUACAAAGAAUAAAGAAAACACAAAAAUUGUCGAUGACCAUAAGGGGAAAAAAGGGAAAAUAAUGCAACUAGGAGCGAAUUUAAUGAACAAAUUUGUGAACUGUAGACUAAAGGAAUGAUCUAGCACAACCUCAUCCAUUCAUCCCACCAAAGCAAUAUUAUCUGGGCAGCUCAAGAACCCACCUACCAUAACUUCCUGAGCCAUACAGAUCAUAUGCCAAGAUGAACUACAAGCCACCUAAUCAGAACUAGUCACCGUCUCUGUCAGAAACUUCCUGAUCAUAUCCAUUGUUAUUCCUUUUCGUCGUUGAUCUCAAUGACGAUAUCACAGGCCAGACAAGUACAUUUGGUCAAGUAAACAUUGAAGAGAAAUAAGGAAAUAAACCACCCAAAUGCACAGUUAUAUAUAAGAGAAGAGAUUGGCCACGCAACCAAUCUUUUGUCCUUAAAAUCUAGUUCAAUAGAGAGAAGGAUAAAAAAACAUUAGAUAAUGCAAACUUACAUAGAUAAAUAUACAGCAAAACCUAAAGCCAAGAAAUGAUGUGCCAGGUAAUCUGCAACAUGAAGCAAACCGCCAUUAGUACAUACAAAAUUAACACAACAGAGCUCAUUUCUUCUGCAAGAUUCAACCACAUCUCCUCAUUUCCACUGCAGCUAUGUUCCCCCAAGCAUUCUUCUACUACAAAGAAUAAAUAAAAGCAGUCAGUAUCGACUUGCGAUCUUUUAGAGUGUGGCCAACACCUAAACAAUGCUGAUGAAUGUGGAGUUAUUUUUCAAGUUUUAAGUGGUGAUCCUGGUUUGCACUUUACUUGAUGUUCUUUUUCAUUUUUUUAAUUACUCAAUGGUCAGAACAUUAAAAGGUAAGCAAGUAUGACCGCGACAAACAAUAAACCACAUAUUUUGGAAUAUAUUGAAUCAAUUGAAGUUGGCAACAAAUUCAAACAGUGUACUUGAACGAGAGGAAAAAUUAUCAUAAAAUAUGAAAUAAGACUAGAUAAAAUUUUUUACUCUGUAACUUUGAGUUCAUCUUAUUUGUUUAAGUCUGUACUAGAUCAUGGAUAAUGUUGCCACUAUCACUGCAAGGUUGCCUUGACAACAUGAGAUGAAUUAAAGAUCAUUUAAGAAAGUCAGAGUAAAUGUUAAUCAGAAGCACAUAACAAUACACCAGUAUAGAAGGGUUGUUUACCCGCAUGCAUGAGUUUCCUAUAAAAUGCUGACAAGACCCCGAUGGGAGUCACUAUUUAGUGACUUACACUACUUCACCAUUAUCAUGUCAUGGUGAUAGCAGGACUCCAUAAAUAAUCUACCAGCUUUUUCGUAGUUCUAAUUGAAAAAUCCGUCCAGUGGAAAAAAUCUCUUAUCAACUAAUAAGCAGACUGCAAGUCAUCAUGCUCCGGCAUGGAAACUAUAAAGAAUCCUGAAAACUUCCAGCGAAUUCCUCCCCUGACAGUUCGUGUCCAGUUUGUUCAUUCACAAAGUGGGCUCAGGCUUGGUUCAGGGUCAUGACGAGCUUCAAGCUUGGCUCGUGAAUUUUUUUUCAACACCAGGCUUGGCUCAGGCUCAUUUAAUAAAAUAACCAGGCUCGUCUCAGCUUAUUUGAUUAAACGAACCAAACUUGAGCUCGUGUUUGUGCUUAAACUCAAGUCCUGACUCAUGUUCAAGAUCGACUUGUUUAUAUAUACUAUAAGCGUAAUAGAUAUUUUAUGUCAACUUGUUUACACACCUAAUGAGCUAAACAGGGCAAUGUUCAAGCUCGGCUCAAUUGUCAAGCAAGCCCCGAAAGCUCAGUUCAUUCUCUAACGGAUGAGCUUGAACGAGCUCCAAAACAAGCUGAUCCCAAACUGUGGCAUGAGCAGAGUGUUUUCACAGCCCUAUACAACAUGGCUCCAUGUGAAUGCAACAACUGGAAAUGCAUUUGUGCAAACAAACACUAAAUAGACCCAUGCACAUGUUAAGGUUUCAUCCACUCGAAGCAUGCAACCUAUGAUAGCUUACAUGGCCAUCUCUGAUGGAAUGACAAUGUUAGAGAAUGAGUAAAUGAAGAAGAAUUUUAACACAAAGCAGACCUUGAAUUGUUCCUAAUUACCAUUUCUAUUUUUUAUGAGAAAAAAUGAAAAGAACUUCAGAGGAGGCACAGACCCAUGCCCAAACAAAGCAAACAGAGACAAACCAGGGUCGGCUCAUUUUGAAAUUGGGACCCUAGGAGAAAGUUGUUAAAAGGACCUUUCAACACUCGAUACAAUUUUUAAAUAACACUCAUAAUUUUAUUUUAAAAUCAUUCCUCUUAAUGUUUGAGAUGCAAAAUUAUAGACUAAGCUUUCAUAUCAAGUGUAUCAACUAGAUCAUAGUCAAUGGAUAAUAUGCCUAAUUUGUUCAAUUGUUCUUGUAACAUUGUUGACC